CUAGUUUUAUAGAAAGAACUGUUCCUAGAUUCUUCAUCUGUAUUUUAGAUAUUAAAAAGAUAAACUAUUAAUAAUAACAAUGGUCGAAAAAGACCCACAACUGAGUGCUUUAGAUAUAGGAGAGCUGGAUAUAUUUGUUGAAAGCAUGGAGCCGUGGCAAAUUGAUACCAUUGGGAAUCAGGCAUGGGUGGACUGGCAUAUAAGACUCCAGAAGCUCAACCAGCAAGCUGUUCUGGAAGCGUCUUCUAUGCAAGAGGAGCUUACUAAAGAGACUCUCAUCUCCUGUGGAAAGUUACCAGUAUUGGUGUAUGAGGCAAUAUGCAUACAAGUGUGGCGAUUGAAAAUUUACCCACAAAUUAUGAAGCUGGAACCAGCUCCUGUUAACACUUUUGGAAUAUAUAUGGUGUUGUACCACGAAGCGGCCGCAGUGGGUUUACUGGAGACUGUGCUAUUUCACGAGGACGGCGCGCAGUGCGUCAGCGACGUGAUGAUAGACCUGCUGGACUAUGCCGUCGACCAGCUCACGGCACUACUGGCGUUGAUCAAUUCUGGACACCUGAAGCCGGUGUCACCAAAAGAGAUGGAAUGCGAAACACCGUGCGAAGAGUUGGAACGGCAGAAACGUGAACUACAGUUCGAUAUCAGCAUGAGGUGCAUCUCCCUUGUUCGUUACAUAUCGGAGCACAUGGAGAGCGCGGGCGUGGCAGCCUCUAUGGCUACCAACUUGUACAAGACUCACGACGUGCCCUCGCUUCUGGCACACCUUCUGCAGCUCCAGCCCUGGAGGAGAGUCGACGACAAGGGCAACCUGCAGACCUUUAACUUGGGUCGCUGGUCUCGGCCCGAUGCUGACGAGUCACAGUUGCACCGCAGCGAGGCGCAGCUGUGGCUGAGUCUGCGCCAGCUACUGCUGGAGCCGCGCCUCCAUCACCACUACGCCAUACACGACGCCCGGCGAGACGCCUUCUGCCGGCUCCAAGCUAAGAUGACGGAGGAGCUGCUGGACCAGCUCCCGCCGCUGGUGGAGCUGAAGACGUUCCUCUGCCGGUUGUCUGUCGGCGACUACUCGAGGGCUCCAACAAACGGCGCCAGGAAUCCUGGCUGUACACUCAUCGAACUUGUUCCGCAGAUCAGAGAAGGCUACAUGAAACAGGUGCACAAACGCACUAAGAGCAUAGCCAAGUCCCAAUUGGAAUGUUUCCGUAUGGACGGCUCGGAACAAUCGCGCGGUAUGGCGAGGAAGCUUCUAGAAUCGUACACUAGCGAUGUCGCGCUAGCUAUGGACAGCGGCGGCGCUAAGUGUGCCAAAUGUGGGGAUAAAGCUAGCAAGAAGUGCUCUAGGUGCAAGACCGAGUGGUAUUGUGGCAGGGAAUGCCAAGUGCAGCAGUGGCCAAAGCACAAAGAGAUCUGUGACCAGCUUGCAAAUCUUUGCAUCUAA